UACGUACAAAAAUGACGUACAUGCUGACAUGUAGGACGUACGGGUUGAACUGCAGAACUGGAACUGAAGAUUCGCAAUAAUUUGCAUUUUUGUGAAACAGUAACAGUAAAUCUGAUAAUUUAUGCGGUUAUCAUUACUGAGAAAGAUGAAGCUUCUGACACAUAACAUGUUGACGUCUCACGUCAAAGGGGUGAAGAAUGGAUACCCAUUAAAAAUUGAGGUGGAAAACAUGAAUAUAACUGAAGUUGAGUUCAAUCCAGAAUUUAUCUCCAGAAUGAUUCCUCGUUUAGAGUGGAAAGCCCUCUAUGGAGCUGCACAGAUGCUGGAUGUGGUAGGCAACCUUCCUACUGAGCCAGUGACAGACUAUGAAACAAAUGAAGAAUUCCUGAAAGCUGCACACAGAGUCAUGCUGGAGGUGGAAGUGUUAGAUGGCUUCUUGGUAUGCCCCGAAUCCGGCCGCAAGUUCCCCAUCAAAAAUGGAAUCCCCAACAUGCUGCUUAAUGAGGAUGAAGUCUGACAAAACAAGGAGAAACCAGUUCUUUAGACUUGUCUCAAAACUGAAGCCAUUCAGCAAAUUGUUGUCAAAUGCUAUCUCCUGUCAACAAGGAAAGUCUGCCGCGAACUUUGAGUAAAAUCUCAUUCUUUGGAUGACAAGUCAUCCUUGAUGACAACUUUGGAUGACAACUCAGACUUGAUGUCAAUGCACACGGAUGGAUUGUACAUUACAGAACACAGGGCUGAGAUGUGCAACAUGUUUAUAUGUAAAUAGGUUGUAAAGUACACCGCCUGAGCUUGUGCAGUCCGCUUCAGACUCCAUUACCUAAUACACCUGUUGAAUUUCAAAAUGGAAAACAUGAGCACAUUAUUGAGGUGAAGUCCUAUACUUCCCCUGUGUUUGCCUUGGUACCUCCAUGCAAUGUUCCCUAAUGUACAAUAGUUUUCUUGUCCUCUUGUCCCCCCUUGUCAAAGGCAAACAGCCUUGCCUUUUUAAAAGUGAAAUGUCCUGCUGGCCUGGGAGACAUUGUCUAGUUAUGUGAGGAUUUAUGAAGCAUUCAAAGAAUGGCUCAAGUAAAGUCGCCCAACCUUUUUUUAAGUAGCUAGAAGUUGCAUUGUUUCAACUUGCAGUUCUGAGUUUUGCUGUGAAUAUUCAUUCACCUGUACUGUACGCUACAUACAAGAACAUUGAUCGCCAUGCAUAUUCCCCAACCCACCCCACUCCCCAACCACAUACACAAAUACCCACACUCAAAAUCUGAAUAAAAAGAUAAUUUUGAUACAUCAUCAGUCUUUUUUACGUGUGUGAUAAUUGCUAUCUGCGGUCGUGGAAAUUAGAGCACAUUUUCUUUGUCUUUAUACAUGUAUGUCCCAUAACUAAAACUUCAUGUAGUUUACAUGUUCUCUGGUACUUUGGUUUUUGUUUACGAAAGUCAUAAACUAAACUCGAGAAGGUUUCGUCAACACAAAACACAAAAUAAAAAGUUAUUUUCAAUUUCAUAAUUUUUCCCAAACGUUGGUUAAAUUUUUCGUGCAGGGAUAAUUCAAAGCUUUAGUUUCCAAAUAGUCGGAUUAAAUACUGAAAUUUUAAACAAAUGAAUAGUUUUGGAAUUUACCAAGAAGUCCAAGUGAUAUUGUUUGCAAAAGCUGGUUUCGUAUCUGAUUUUAAAAAGAUCGAUUUUCGGUGGUCAAUUGACCUAAACUGUUUUACCGUUUCAGAAGAACUGUUAAAGGGAGACAGAACUGUUAAAGGACCAAUGCAAUGUGAUAUUUACAAUACAAUCCCUGAAACUGCACCUGUGUGUCCCACUUAACUAUAUUUUCAAUUUUCGUUUUACCAUUUUGAAGGGUAGUUUGGUGCCUUUUUGGUUCUGAUGCUAAAGCAAAUUUCCAUUUUCAUGAGCAAACGUGUGCUGUCAUUUCAGGUAGAAGCCUCUAUGUUGCAGCUACUUCAGCACCAAACGUUACCAGAAUGUGGGAUAUUUUGCAGUCGUGAAAUUUUUUUCUUUGGUGAUUCGUUGUAGUAUACGAGUACAUGGCAUUAAGCAAUGAGCAAACUUUUCUCAAAUGUUUCCAAUGUGCACAUUUUUUUAACAAAAUACCCUAAACUGAACAGUGUCUUCCUGGAAUGACAUUACAGCAACAACACCCUCAGUUGUCAGGAAAAGGAUGGAAAAUAUUAAAGGUUUAAAGAAGUGCACUUUUCAAUAAAAUUAAUUUAAAAAGGAUGUCAGGUAGUUUUCAUACAUCAUUAACAGGAGUAGAAAGUUUCACAAAAUGUGUUCAUAAGAAGCAUUCAUUCCAUGGACCUUUUAAACUAAGGGAGUAGUUACUGAAGUAACUUAAAUAAUGUUUAUUAUAUUUUGCAUAAGUUAUUUAUUUUAAAUUAUGAAAAUGAAUUAAACUGCUGCAAACUGCAUACUGACUGGAUUAUACAAAUCAACCAAAUUAGCUGGCCUGACGUUUCGAUCUUAAGACCUGCUUCAGCGGUACAAGAUUAAUUUAGAUAUUAAUUAUUUUGGUUUGUGGGUAAAGGCGAAUCGUACAUAAUCGCAUUGAAUUGCAGGUGCUUCAUCGGCCACUCGGCUUGAAAGGUAACGUUUAUUAAAUGGACAACCAUAAGUCAAAGGAA